AUGGCAAGCAUCCAGGGGAAUAUCCAGAAUACCAGUCGGAACGAGCUAAUAUUGGACUCCCUAGCGAGUAAUAUCACGGAAUUCGCUUACGAUUUGGAGAAGGGAUCCUCUUUCGACGCUUGGUUCUCCAGGUAUGCGGACCUCUUCGAGAAGGAUGCUUCCAAAUUAGACGACGACCCGAAAGCACGACUGCUGCUUCGAAAACUCAAUCCCGCCGGACAUGAAAGGUACACUUCAUUCAUUCUUCCGAAGCUUUCAAAGGAGUAUUCCUUCGAGGAAACGGUUGCCAAAUUAAAAACCAUUUUUGGUAGUGCUGUUUCAACUUUCCAUCGCCGAUAUCAGUGCCUGCAGACGGCGAAAGACGAAAACGAAGAUUUUAUCUCCUACUUCUGCAAAGUCAACCGAGCUUGUGUUGACUUCAAGCUGCAGGAGCUCAAAGAAGACCAAUUCAUAUGCCUUAUUUUCGUGUGUGGUUUACGUUCACCCAAAGAUGCUGACAUACGGAUGCGCCUGCUUUCGAAAAUCAACGAAACGCAGGAUAUCACUCUGGAAAAAGUAGUGGAAGAGUGCAAAAGUUUGAUCAACUUGAAAAAAGACACCGUUCUUAUCGGUAGUCAAUCUUCCCACACCGUCGGAGCUGCUGAAUUCUCCUAA